GUGGAAUAGUUGAGCAAAUAGUAGCAAAUAUAGCCGUAUUAAUAGCAUUUGGUGAAAACUUCAACUGUCCUUUACCAACAAAAACCAGCACGCCAUUAAAGCUCCUAUGCUAUGCUACCAACCAACCUUCUCUCUCACACACACACACACCUGCACACGCGCAGUGUGUGUAGACUAUGCCCUUCAGUCUCCGUCGUGUGUUCGUACUAGAGUAUUAAAUCGGGUCUUCAAUUCUGGGGCUCGCGCCAUUAAAUUUCGACCCCAAAAACAGACCAAUUUUUCCACCCGGCGAGGUACAAUCGGAAUCUGAUAAGUGGAACGCAAAUCGAAGAGAGGAAAGCAGGAGAUUAGAAGAAGGAAGAAGAAGAAGAGAGAUGGUGGGUCCACAGAGGCCACUGUUUGUGCUUUUCGGGUCGUCGAUAGUUCAGCUCAGCCACGGCCAUGGCGGCUGGGGUGCCAUCCUCUCCGAUAUCUACGCCCGCAAAGCUGAUAUUAUUACAAGAGGUUACUAUGGUUGGAACUCGAGACGAGCUAUCAAAGUCCUUGAUCAAGUUUUUCCAAAGGAUGCUUCUACUCAGCCUGCUUUGAUCAUUGUGUAUUUUGGGGGCAAUGAUUCCAUGGGAGCUCACUCAUCGGGACUUGGUCCUCAUGUACCUCUUCCGGAAUAUGUUGAAAACAUGAGAAAAAUUGCAACUCACGUCAAGAAUCUCUCAGACAAAACCCGUGUGAUAUUUCUGAGCUGUCCUCCUGUCAACGAGGCUAAAGUUCGUGAAAACACUAGCUCAUAUUUCAGUGAGCUGGUUCGGACAAACGAGCUGUGCCGUAUAUAUUCGGAAGCUUGUAUUGACGUGUGUCGUGAGAUGGAUGUGAAGGUAGUCGAUCUUUGGACUGCAAUGCAGAAGAGAGAAAAUUGGCCAAAUGCUUGCUUUACGGAUGGAAUUCACUUAUCUGCCGAGGGCAGUAAGGUAGUGGUUGAGGAAAUACUGAAAGUGCUCAAAGAAGCUGAUUGGGAACCUAAACUCCACUGGAAAUCAAUGCCUACGGAGUUUCCAGAGGACUCGCCUUAUGAUCUUGUUGCAUCUGAUGGCAAAACAACCAUUAAUCCCUCAGAAUGGACCUUUCACUGGGAAAUUCAAUGGGACUAAGGUGAGCCAGUUAUCUCAGUACCCACCUGUUGUGCUGGAAAUGUUAUUCGAGAUUCAAUAAAAGUCAUUUAUUUAGAUAUUAUAUGUUUGAUGUGAAUUGAUUACGUACCCAUUUUUUUCAUUGAUUUAUGGACAUUAUUAUAAUAUUCAAUGCCUAUGGGCGAAGGCGAGUUUAGAGUUCGUACUUUUUUUUUUUUAAUAUGGUGAUGAAACUGAGCACCAGGAUUCACAGGUACUUGCUAUUUUUUUUAUAAGAUGCUGAUUAUUUUCUUCGUAGCCUCGAAUCUCAAUUUGCU